GGCGCAACUAUUCAGUUCAGUUGUCUGUUGUAAUAAAAAAUUAAAUCUUCAUUUAAAGCGUCUUAAUCGAUAAUUAUCAAUAGAAAAUAUUCAUUUGAAUGGAAUUACGAAAUAAUCUGACAUUAUUGUAAAGGAAAUUUUCUUUCAAUUUGUGUGGUCUUUUUUAUUUCUUGUCAUACGUACAGUCACAGCUAAAAUUCUUGGACUCGGCCGCGAGGUGCCAUUGAAGGAGGUGUAUUGUGUCUUCGAGUUGCUGUUAGUAUUUACAGUGACAGAACGAAAUGAUUCUGUUGUAAAUAAAGUUAACGGUGAAGUAACGGAAUGUAAAUCGGUGAGAGUGAAUCAAUUCGCGGUGAAGAAAACGAUAUUUAAAGUGAAGUGGAAGAAAAGAACCAGCUCCUGGAAGAUUUUACAUGGAUCGUUUCGAAUGGAUAUACAACCUCUCUACUGAAUAAUUUUCAUCUUGCGUGGUUUGCUUUGUUGUAAGAUAGAUAUUUAACAAUAAAUGUAGUUUGUUUCGAAACCAUCGCGUAUUUUAUUACAUAAACAGGUAUAUUUCAUUAAUAAUGAGCGAUGGUAAGAAAAUAGGUGAAAAUUCCAGUAGUGAGGUUGUUAACCAAUUUCGAAGCUGUAGGGAUCUCAGCGAUAUCGUCCCCUUGUACACACCACGUGCGCUUUAUUUAAAACCAGUUGCAAAAAUAAAUGUGUCUGUCAAUCUUCCUCAACUGAAGGUCCCAGGAAAAACUAUAUCAACAUGGGAAGUAAUGGAGAAGAUACGUGCCCUUAUACUACCGGACGAGUUUGCAUCUCUGAAGGUAGCCAAAAGUACACUGGAAUUUAUCAGAUUGGAAGGAGAUCUACAAGACAGAUGCAGGCUACAGCGUGUGCUUGCCAGAUUAGACUCACAACGCCUGAAUCUAUCUGGUUUUCCCAAUGUUUUAAAAGUUCGUGCAGCAGAGGCAAAGGAUGAUUUUCCCACAAGACAUAGUUGGGACUCGUACUUCAGAGAUACUAAGCAUAUGAAUGAAUUAAAAGCUGGAGAAAGACCUGAUACUGUUCAUAUAACAGGAUUGCCAGUUAAAUGGUUUAUAGAAGAUGGUGCAACUAUGCCUAGUGAAUCCUUGAUCAGCAAAAUAUUCAAAAAGUGGGGAACACUAAGGAGAAUUGAUGUACCUGCUGCUGAUCUAUACAGAUCUAGAAUGCGUCUUGGCACAAAUAUAAAUAAAUUUAGUUAUGAAGAUGGAAUAUUUUUUGAUGCGUAUAUUCAGUAUGUUGAAUAUAUGGAUUUUGUUAGGGCAAUGGAUGCAUUACGCGGAAUGAAACUCCUUAAAAAGGAAGGAGAAAAUGCAUUUACUGCUGCCAUUAAGAUCACUUUUGAUAAAACAAAGCACAUGAGUGAUAGCUCUGUCGCACACAGAGAAUUUGAAAGGAAACGCCUUAUAGCACAGGAUACAUUAGCAGCAGAAAGACUCCGCAAGAAAGAAGAAGCUGAAGAAAAACGACGUGAAGAGUUAAAGAAAAAGGAAGAAGCUGAUUCAGUAGCCAAAAAGGGCAGGCAACAAAAUAGGGAAGAGAAACGUAAACGUAAAGCUAUAACUAUAUUUCGUAAAAAGGAGGAAGACAAAGUGUCUAUGAAAAUAGCCAGGGAGGGACAAAAGUUAAUAAAAGCACAAAGACAACUUGAAAGUAUUCGUUUGUUGGACGAAUUAUUUGAUAGAAUAAAGAUAAAAGUAGAAAAUAAUGAAAUUAAAAUAGAUGAAGUGUCAGUGGAUGCUAAAAAAGAUGACAAGAAAAAUAAUAAACAAGAUAGUGCCACUCAAGCGUUAAGUUCGGAAGACAAUGAUAAAGAUGGGAAAAAGGACAAGAAAAAUAAGAAGUCAAAAAAGAGAAAAUCGAAGAAGGAGAAAAAGAAAAAGAGAAAAAAUAAAAAGGGAAAGGACUCUGCAAAUUCUGCAAGUGGAAGCGAGGACUCAGAUGUAGAAGGGCAAACAAAGAAAUUGAAAAGUGUUUUUAAACAAAACGUUUCAUAUCCGUCUUCAUCUGCAGCGUCUGCUCCUUUGGAACCUCUUCCAUAUCCAACACUAUACCCACGAUUCCCCCAACCGUGGUAUUACGAAGCCGCAUUACCUUUGCUUUACCCUACACUAUCAAGGAGUAUGCGCAGAGGCGCUCGUUUUGCCCGCGGAAGAGGAGGCAGAGGAUUUUUGUGGCGGAAUACCGGAAACCAUCGUUCAUUGCAGACCUUCAACCCCCACUUAUAUAAUGAGCAAUACUACAAGUACUUUGCCCACUUAGUAGGCCAGGAUUACCAUUCGUUCGACUAUAGAAGUUCACGAUCUCGUAGUCGUAAUAGAUCAUUAAGCAAAUCAAGAUCUAAAACGAGAUCAAGAUCAAGGUCAAGGUCAAAACGGGGUUCUAGAUCAAGGUCCAGGUCUCGGAGCAGAUCGAGAUCACGGUCAAGAUCGAAAUCAAGGACAGGUUCUAGGUCACGGAGUCGAAGGCAAAGUAGAAGCCGAAGUAGGUCGCGAUCGAAACGACGACGAGGAAAGUCAAAAUCCAGAUCGAAAUCGCCUAGAGUACGAUCACGAUCUCGUCGAUCGAGAUCCCGAAAAAAAUCUCGAUCUCGGAGUCGUUCGAAGUCGAGGAAUAACAGCAGGAAUCGGUACAGACGAAGACGGGAUAGGUCAACGUCGAAAGUGAAAAUUACAAGGGCGAAGUCCCGUUCCACGUCACCUAAAAGAAGAUCUCGUAGUAGCACCUGGUCCAUGCCAAAGUCUCCCGGCAGAAGGAGCUGUUCAUGGUCCAAAAGCGCAGAUGACAUAAAUAAUAAAGUGAAUUCGAGCAAAGCGGCAUCUACACGGGAGCAAGGUGCCACAAACAAAGAAGCGCCACAAAGUUCUCAACUGGAGAACAUAACCUCUGACUGACGAUAAUCGACGAUAGUUCUUCCGUUUUGUGUCUUCAAUCUUCUAACGUAAAAGGGAUGAUCGAUCGAUAUAAUACUGUGUACAAAAAUGAAUAUGGACCUGCAUAACUUUGGUAUGCGUAUGCCUGUAAUAUUCUUUUGAUGAAGGAAGAUAUAUUUUUGUUCAUGUGAUAGUUCUUCCUAAGCUUGAGCAAUGAAGCACCGUAACGAACUAAGAUAUUUGUGGACGUUUUAAAUUUUCAACGUAUAUAUACAUGUUAAGGAACAGUUGUAUAUACGUUACGAACAAUGUAAUUCUAUAGCGUAAAAUCGUACAGAACGAUGAAGAGAGUACUGCAUUUCUAAGUCCACAUUAAAAAUAAACACGAUAUUCAUAAAUUAAACAUCAGUUUCUUAAUUACCUGGUGAAUAGUUUUCGCCUUAAUCAGCUGGUCCAAGUUCAGUCGGGGCUGGUAGCGCAUAAAUGAGGAAUAAAAGGAGAGAAAACACAUUCGUAUUCGACUUGCAAAUUUUAUUUGUUCUCGGCAUGAAAAUGCAUUGGUUCAUAAACAUUGUAAUUCUUAUACCCCUAUCCAUUCGUAGAUCGAAGAAUCGAUUCUUAGCAGCGUUUCU